AUGGGCCCCUGCAAGCUGUUGCCGCGCGCGUCCGCCUCGGGCCGAGCUCCGUGCGUCGUGUUCGACCUGGACGGCUGCCUGUGGCACCCAGAGAUGUACCAGCUCAAGUGGAGACGUGGGGGGGGCCCUUUCGAGCCGCAGUCCGACGGUUCGAUGAAGGACCGCCGCGGAAACAGCGUCGCCCUCUGCUCGGGGGUGCCUGCGAUGAUGUGGGAGCUCUCGGAGGACCCGCGCUGGAACGGGGUCCCCGUCGCAGUGGCAUCGUGCUGCGAUGCGCCAUCCUGGGCCCGGGAGCUGCUGGCCAAGUUCAAGACCAGGGACGGCGACAGAUCGCGCGCGCUCAGCGACAUCGUGACCGUCUGCCAGAUCCACGGCGGCAGCAAGGUGCGCCACUUCGAGGAGAUCGCCAGCGCCACCGGGUGCAGCUUCCAGGACAUGCUCUUCUUCGACAACGAGCCCGGCAACUGCACCGACGUCGCGGCCCUGGGUGUCACGUCCGUGUUUUGCCCUGGAGGAAUCACGGAGCGCGUCUGGCAGGACGCGCUGCGGGCGUUCCCGGCGCCCCGCGGCGCCCUGGUGCGGUGCGACUGA